AUGAACCCGUCAGAGGUGCAUAAAUCUAUUGCCACUGAAGCAAAAGAGAUCAAUAUGCCUGAAGCUUUACAACCCCCUCUAUUUUCAUUCUCAUUUUUGUCUUCUCCUUUUCUCAUUCUUCCUUCCUGUAGUAGUUCAUCCCUUUCCUCAAUCCUCUCUAUUCUCAUUUUCUCUUCCUUCCUCCCCCUCAUACUAGUUUCAUUCCUUUCUCAUCUUUUUCUCAUCCUCUUUCACUUUCCUCAAUCCUCUCUAUUCUCAUUCUUCUCUUUUCUCAUUCUUCUCUUUCUUCCUGUAGCCCCCCCAUGCAUACUAGUUUCAUUCCCUGUUCAUCCCCCUCAAUCCUCUCUAUUCUCAUUUUCUCUUUUCAUUCCUCCCCCCUGCGUACUAGUUUCAUUCCGUUCAUCUUUUGUCCUUUCCUCAAUCCUUCAUUCUUUUUCUCUUUCCUUUCUGUCAAUCCCCUCGUCUCUUUCAUUCUCAUUCAUCUCUUGUCCUUUCAAUCCUCCUAUUCUCCCCCUUUCACUUCCUGUAGCCCCCCCUUUUCAUUCCUGUUCAUCUUUUGUCCUUUCCUCAAUCCUCAUUCUCAUUCUUCUCUUUCACUCCCUGUCCCCCUCUCUAGUUUUAUUCAGUUCAUCUUUUGUCCUUUCCUCAAUCUUCCUUCUUCUCUUUUCUUCCCCCCCUGCAUUUAUUUUUCAUUUUUCUUCUACUGUCUUUUCCUUUCUUUAUCUUUGUUUUCUUUCUUUUCUACUUUCUAUCACUCAUGUUUUUUUCAUUUUUCUUCCUUUAUUUUUUUUCAACACCUUUUCUUUUUUUUUCUAUUUCUCCUUCUUCCUCUUAAAAUUCUUCAUCUUUAUUUUCUGA